GUUUACAGUUUACAGAUUACAAUAUUUAAGUAGUGAACCUGUAGAUUAAACCAAAAUUAAACUGUUAAUUUUUAAUUUAGUUAUCAAUUCUUGAAUUGCUUUAUAUCACAAGUUAGAUACAAUUCCAUUAGCAUAUUAGUGAUUAAAGGUCUAAAAUCUUAAUAUAUUAUUUCAUAAUGUUAUUAAAAUGGGGAAUUGCAGCAGCUGGUAAAAUAUCUAAUGAUUUUGUCACAGCCUUAAAGGCCUUGCCAUUAACUGAACAUAAGGUUGUCGCAAUUGCGAGUAGGUCUCAAAGUAAUUCAGACAAAUUCGCUAAAACUCAUGGUAUUCCCAAUGCUUAUGAGGGUUAUGAUAAGUUGGCCAAAGAUGAAAAUGUAAACAUAGUUUAUGUUGGGGUGUUAAAUCCACAACAUUAUGAAGUAGUAAAAUUAAUGUUGGAAAAUGGGAAACAUGUACUCUGUGAAAAACCAUUUACCAUGAAUGAGAAGCAAACCAGAAAGUUGUUGGAUAUCUCUAAAGAAAAGAACUUGUUUUUAAUGGAAGCAGUGUGGUCUAGAUUCUUCCCAGCCUAUGAUAAAAUGAUAGAAGUUAUUAAAUCUGGAGAAAUUGGAGAGGUAGUACAAGUAACUGUAGAAUUUGGAGUACCUAUUAGUCAUGUUGAUCGUAUUAAAAACAAAGAUCUGGGUGGAGGAGUUAUUCUAGAUCUAGGUGUGUACAUUCUUCAGUUUCAACAGUAUGUGUUCAACGGUUUGAAGCCAACAAAAGUUGUAGCUAGUGGACAUCUAAAUGAAGAGGGCAUUGAUAGUUCCGUUGCAGCUAUUUUGACUUUCCCUGAAGGGAAAACUGCUGUACUUUCUGCAUCUUCAUUUACGAAACUUGCCUGUGAAGGUGUGGUAUAUGGCACAAAAGGAUGCAUUAAGAUGCCUAAGUUUUGGUGUCCCACAACUCUAGAAGUAAAUGGUGUAGUCAUAGAAUUUCCUUUGAUUAAAAAUGAAGGCGAGUUCAAUUACCUGAACAGCGCUGGUUUGGCGUAUGAAGCAGAAGAGGCAAGGCAAUGUAUAAUGAAAAAUAAAAUAGAAAGUUCCAAAAUUACCCAUGAUAACACCUUGGAAUUGGCACAGCUCAUGGAUAAAUUGAGAGCAGAAUUGGGAGUAGUCUUUCCUGCAGAUGGGGAAUCUUACUAAUGUUUUUGAUUUUGUGUGCAUAUCCCUGAUUCAAUAAGAUACUUUAAUUGAUGUCACAAUCUUUUUUUUUGGGAUGUAAGUCAGUUCAAAUGUAAAACAUAUAAUAUUAUCUUUGUUGUUACUUUUAUCUAGUGCCAAUAUACGCAUAGAUGAUUUUAACGACUGUUGAAAUAAUCUUUUGUGCCUUAUUAUACAUUAUUAAGUAACAACUUAUUUUAUAUUAUAAACAUUGUUAUUUUAUUGUUAAUUUUUGAUUAUAUUAAACACUAUAUUUGUUAA